AUGCUUUUCAGAAACUUAGAAGUGGGCAGACAGGCGGCCAAGCUACUAACAAGGACCUCGAGCCGUUUGACUUGGCAAAGCGUCACAGCCUCAAGGAACAUUUCUUUUAUUAGUCAACAAAUUAGGAAGGUUCCAUCACAUAGUUUUAAGACAUGUAUGAGUAACCGUGCAUUUUCGCUUUCUUCCCCCGUUUUAAGACCACAUGUUGCUUCAGCCUCGAACCCUAUUGAGUCACGUUUGAAAACGUCGAAGAACGUUGCUUACUGGUUAAUCGGUACUUCUGGAUUGGUAUUUGGUAUUGUUGUUCUGGGUGGAUUGACUAGACUAACAGAAUCUGGGUUGAGUAUUACUGAAUGGAAGCCUGUUACCGGUACUCUACCCCCAAUGAACCAAAAGGAAUGGGAAGAAGAAUUUAUCAAGUAUAAAGAAUCACCAGAAUUCAAAUUAUUGAAUUCCCACAUUGAUUUAGAUGAAUUUAAGUUUAUUUUUUUUAUGGAAUGGAUCCAUAGACUGUGGGGUCGUGCCAUCGGUGUAGUUUUCAUAUUGCCUGCAGUAUACUUUGCCGUGUCCAAAAAAACGUCAGGCCAUGUCAAUAAGAGGUUGUUUGGUUUAGCAGGCUUAUUGGGUCUACAAGGAUUUGUAGGGUGGUGGAUGGUGAAGUCUGGUCUCGAUCAAGAACAACUGGAUGCAAGAAAAUCAAAGCCAACCGUUUCUCAAUAUAGGCUGACUACGCAUUUGGGUACCGCUUUUUUCUUAUACAUGGGUAUGCUUUGGACUGGUCUAGAGAUAUUGAGGGAAUGUAAAUGGAUGAAGAACCCUGUUCAAGCCAUAAACCUCUUUAAAAAGUUGGAAAGUUCUGCAAUUGGACCAAUGAGAAAAAUCUCUUUAGCCUUGUUGGCGGUUUCCUUCCUAACUGCUAUGAGUGGGGGUAUGGUUGCCGGUCUAGAUGCCGGCUGGAUCUACAAUACUUGGCCAAAAAUGGGUGAAAGUUGGUUCCCAAGUUCUCGUGAAUUGAUGGAUGAAAAUUUUUCUAGAAGGGAGGACAAGAAAGAUUUAUGGUGGAGAAAUUUACUAGAGAACCCUGUCACAGUUCAGUUGGUUCAUAGAACAUGUGCGUAUGUUGCUUUUACAUCAGUUUUAGCUGCACAUAUGUACGCUAUCAAAAAGAAGGCUAUCAUUCCAAAGAACGCAAUGACAUCUUUGCAUGUUAUGAUGGGUGUCGUAACUUUACAAGCCACUCUUGGUAUUUUAACUAUAUUGUAUCUGGUCCCAAUAUCAUUAGCAUCUAUCCAUCAAGCUGGUGCUUUGGCGUUACUAACAAGUUCUUUAGUUUUUGCCUCCCAAUUACGCAAACCAAGAGCCCCAAUGAGAAACAUGAUCAUUACUCUGCCACAUACAAGUAAAGUAACUAGCGGAAAAAUUUUAAGCGAAGCCUCUAAAUUUGCCUCCAAACCAUUGUAA